UGGGGGACAGAAGUGAGCAGCUCGGCCCGCUUCUUCGCGGCCAUGUGCCCGAUAGUUAUAACUCGCUGCUGCGCCCGCUUCCGGAGGACACUCCCGUGUCUGCGAGGGCUGCUUAGUCUAGUCGGGAGCGAAGGGCAGAGGACGAGGGCGCGGUGAGCACGCGCGCUCCUUUCAGUGUCCCGCGCGGCGAGCUGUUGUGCGGUGUAGUGCGGCGCGAGACGAGGAGCGGAGAUGAAGAAGAACCACAGCGCCAUCCCCCUCAUCCAGGUCACCGAGGCGGACCGGAGCAUCGAUGGAAAUGUCCUCAGCAUCCCCGUGCCGAUGCGGCGAGGUGGUUCGGAGACCAACCUGGACCUGGACUCCACCGACGGGCCGGGGUUCGGGUUAGACUUCCACAAAGGUCGCCUGGGCAUCGACAGCCUGCAGCAGAAGAUCCUGAAGGUGACCGAGCAGAUCAAGAUCGAGCAGACGGCCCGCGACGAAAAUGUCGCCGAGUACCUGAAAUUGGUCAACAAUGCUGACAAGCAGCAGGUGUCGCGCAUUAAGCAGGUGUUUGAGAAGAAGAACCAGAAAUCUGCGCAGAACAUUGCGCAGCUGCAGAAGAAGCUGGAGCAGUACCACAAGCGGAUGAAGGAUAGCGAAGCCAACGGGGCCUCCAAGCACACUGGCCCCAAAGAAGUCAAGGAGUCCUCCAAGGACAACCUGAAAGAGAGCUUGAAAGACAGCUUGAAAGAUGUGAGUGGCAGUGGGAGGCACCCCAGCCUGGACAAGGUGAAGACCAUCGGGCCCGGCGUCUCGCUCUCGCCGCCGUUCUUCUUCAACAAGCCGCGGGAGUUUGCCAACCUGAUCCGCAACAAGUUUGGCAGCGCCGACAACAUAGCGCAAAUCAAGAGUUCCAUGGAGACGAGCUCCGCCUUCCACCCAGAAGGUGGGGGGCGUGCCCUGAGCGGCAGCGCCACCAUUGUUACCAAGCCCAAGUACCCCAGCGACGACGAGUGCUCCUCCGGGUCCUCGGCAUCGGCCGACAGCAACGGGAACCCGGCCCCUGGCCCCGUUGUCACGGGAUCCCCGGAGGCCCAGGGAAGGUCGACCCAGAUCUUGGAGGAGCUGAGGGAGAUCCGGGAGUCCCAGAACCAGCUGGCUGAAGACAUCGAGAGCAUCAAGUCACAGUUCAAGAGGGAGUUUGGUGUCAUCACACAGGUGCUACAGGAAGAGAAGUACAGGUUCGAGAGGCUCGAAGACCAACUGAACGACCUGACGGAGCUUCACCAGCAUGAAACCACCAACCUGAAGCAAGAGCUGGCCAGCAUGGAGGAGAAGGUGGCCUACCAAGCUUACGAGCGUGCCAGGGAUAUUCAGGAGGCGCUGGAGUCCUGCCAGACACGGAUCUCCAAGCUGGAGCUGCAGCAGCAACAGCAGCAAACGGUGCAGCUGGAGAAUACGGACGCCAAGGUGUUGCUGGGGAAGUGCAUCAACAUCAUGCUGGCGCUGGUCACCGUCAUCCUGGUGUGCGUCUCCACCGUGGCCAAGUUCACCGCGCCGCUCACUCGUAGCCGGCUGCACGUGUUCGGCACGUUCGUCGCCGUCUCGCUGCUGGCUCUGUUCUGGAAGAACUGGGAACACCUGCAGUGCGCCUUGGAGCGCUUGUUGGUGCCUAGCUGAGGGAUGAGGGGGAGGAGCCUCCGGGGGCGUGCGGCCGAGGCAUCCUCAGGAGGAGCCGACAAACGGCAGAUCGCUGUCUGAGAAGUUCUUCUUUUUCCACCCCAGUUUGCUCCCCAGGCAACGUCUUCGGACCCAUUUUUGUUUCUUCUUUCUCUGCGUUCAUCACACGUCAUGAGGUUUCUUCCUCUUAGGAGAAAAAUGCAAAAUGUCAAGAUGCUCUGAGAUACUGUUCAGCCAUUGGCUGGGAAGAUUGGACCAUUUCUGCACCAGCCAUGCUCCUGUGUGUCAUGUUAGGUGUCCUAGCCUUUUACUCUCUAUUUAUUUGUGUAGCAUUCAUUGUCAGGCACAUCAUCACAGUUAAAUUUUUCAGAUCGUUCACUGUUUUAUCGAUUUGAGAAGUGCAAUAUAUUUGUAUUAUAAGUGUAUUUUUUUAAUGGGCGGGGCAGGUAAAGCAUCUUGAGCAUGUGUCUGAAAAUAUUUAUUACCUUUGAGAACUGGGACAAUUUUUUGUGCGGGGGGAGCAUGAGGCAGAACCGCGUGUUUGGGUCCGUGGACUGGUUCUGCGUAAUGCACCUCAUCCCCCUGGGUACACCGUAGUAAUACGCUCUCUCCAUACAGAGGGGACCUCCUUCAGUUUGACAUGUUUGUUGGCAGGGGAUUAAACACACGAUAACCGCAAGCACGUGAAUGAAAAGGCCAUCGAUGUUCUGGGGUUAUCAACCUGGAGCUGUGGGCUUGUGCUGCCUGGAAACUGGGUGAAUCAGGAGUUUUUAUUCGAAGGCUCAUUUAGGUCCAUUUAGGUUUUUCCCUCCCUUUUUUCCCUCCAUUUUUUUCAAAAAAGAAAAACACUCGAUGUACUACAAAUUUCUUUGCAUUAUGGUUUUUUUUUUAAGACACAACACAUUUAGAUAUGUUGAUAGAAUUUGUUUCCUUCUUAAGCAGCGAUAGGAAAUUUCGAGAAGUGUGGUGAGCCCCAGAUACGUAAAGAUAUGGUGUCAUAACUAUGACUUUCAUAGGGCAGCACCAGUGAGACGAGUGUAGUCAGGAUGACUCUGGUGGUAGCUCUCGUACCAGAGACAAGUGGUCAGGUCUGUCGUUUCAUCUCAGGGAGGGUUCUGGGGGCUGUGAUCCUGGAGAUGGGCAGGGGUGUCCAACGCAGUUAACACCCCUAAGGAAAUGAAUGCUGUUGUAUUACUAGUAGCCAGUCAUGGCCUCCAGGAUAUGGAUUAUUUCUAACAGUGAUUUAAAUUGUUUUUUUUAAUCCAAAUUAAAUGAAACUGAACGGAAGAUGUAUAAAGAACAUGUAUUUAUGCCAGUUGUACUGUAUGCUGUGUAAAUGUGCGACGAUGGAAAGAACGGUGUAACGCGUGCAGUGUGAAUGUGUCCAGAGGCCGGUGGUGACUGUGAUCCCGGGUGGUGGGCACUGAACUAUGUCCCGAGAAGUACGGCGUGACGGGGGCACCCACUCCUCGGGCCACGAGCCCCCAAGUGCUGUGGAUGAGCUCACCUGCAGGUUCUGACUAGCUCUUUUGCCUUUACAUUCUGCAUCCUCUUCUGUUCUGUAAAAACUGUGAAAGAAAAACGUGAAAAUGAAUUUAUAGAGUAUCGUUGCUGAAGAGCACACUUGCAGGGUGUAUUUCUCCUCCGUACCGUACCUGCUGUUGGAUGUCAGCAGCUUUGUAAACUCUUACUCAUCACAGCUGAAGGUAUGAAUGGAGUGGCCUUAUUUAGGCAUUGCGAGUGUGGUUUAGCUCCUGUGUGUGUGUGUGUGUGUGUGUGUGUGUGUUCAGACCAUGGUGACGCAUAAUGUAGGGACUCUGGAUGAGGACGGUAACACUGAACCCAGAGCAGUUUUUAUUGCUGUGGAAGAUGUUCCUCACACCAUGUCCUACAUUGUUGUCUCCAGUUUGUCAACAGUGAGAAUAUGCAGUUUUAAAAUUAAGUGUAAAGUUGUUAAAAAAAAAAAAAAAAAAAAAAUUGUAGGUGAUUGCUUUCGCUGAGCGAUCGCCUUUUCUUGAUGCCAUCAGCACGAUUUCCCUUCGUUCUCAUGAGUCCACCUGAAAACAUUUUGAAGCCUUCGUCAUGUUUGUUAAAUAACGGGUGAAAAGUAGCACAGGUGUUCUGUCCGUACCAGCUGCAUCACAGUGAAGAAAUCGCUUGUGGGUUUCUUUUGCCUUAUUUAUCCAUAAUUUGUCUUGAAUCUUUUUCUCUUCUUAAAAGCCAAAUGCUGAGAAUAUUGGACUGGUGCUU